AUGUUGCUUAUUCCCCCAGAUCCCCAGAUCACCAGCCAUAGGUUCAGUCCCCCGCUCCCUGGUAAGGCCAGAGAUGGGACAGUGGGAGUGACAGCUCAGCAUGAGGACAGCGGCCCCCGGAGUACAGAGGACAUCCCUGCUGAGUUCAGGCCCACCGACAGCCCCAACUUUCUGGUGUCAAGCCUCCCCGCACACUGGCGUUGCAACAAGACUCUGCCACGUGCCUUCACGGUGGUUGCCCUGGGUGAUGUAAGUGACGGUGUUCUAGUCACGGUGAUGGCGGGGAAUGAUGAGAACUGUUCAGCUGAGCUACGUAACGCCACCACGCUGAUGACAUCACGCACAGCACGCUUCAAUGACCUCCGCUUUGUAGGACGCAGUGGGAGAGGUAAAAGCUUUAAUCUGACCAUAACAGUGUUCACCAGUCCUCCCCAGGUGGCCACGUACCACAGAGCUAUCAAAGUUACUGUAGACGGACCUAGAGAGCCACGCCGUCACAGGCAGAAGCUGGAGGUGGGGCCAAAAACAGGGCUUUUCAGGGUUGCCAUGCCGAUGCAGAGUCUCCGCCCCUUCAACAACCUCACCAACCCUCCAACAAGAGCCUUCCCUCUCUCAGACUCUAGGCCCCUUUCCUCACCCCCCUGGACCAAUGAUCAAUCUUACCCCUUCUCAUCCUCAAGAACCACUGGCCUCUCAGGUGUGUGUGAGCUGGCCGCUGGCCCUCCUCCCUCCUACCUUCCCCCCCCUUUCCCCACUCUCCCCCCCCACUCCCACAGUGGACUCUUCCAGCCCAGCAGCAGCCCCAUCCUCUACUAUGGAGCCUCUGCCGGGACCAACCACUACGUCUCACUGCCAGAGGGGGACAGGACAAACCACUUUACCUCAGUACCGGGGGGAGCGCAGGCCCCCACAGCCGGGCUGGCCAAUCAAAUGGAGGGUAGGGGGGAGGAGCCUGUGUGGAGGCCAUAUUGA